UCUAUUUUUUAACUUAGUUAUGGUAUAUUCGCAUGAAGACAUUAUUUAGUAACUCAGAUGGGUUGGAAAUAGGCAUUAUGCAUUUCAUCCUUGAAUUUUCUUUUCAAAGUUUGGGCAUUUUUCUUUUAUUUUAACUCAUAAAUCUACAGGCCAAGCGAAAGGAAACAUGGUUGAUUGAAAAGCUUAGGAAAUUUGAUGUUCCGAAGCUCCCAACAGAAACAUUUGAUCCUGAAAUUUUAACCGAGGAGGAGAGGCAUUAUCUGAAGCGCACUGGAGAGAAAAAGAAACACUAUGUUCCAGUUGGGAGACGAGGAGUGUUUGGUGGGGUAGUUCUAAACAUGCAUCUUCACUGGAAGAAUCAUGAGACGGUGAAGGUUAUAUGCAAGCCCUGCAAACCGGGUCAAGCUCAGGAAUAUGCUGAAGAGCUGGCUCGACUGAGCAAAGGCAUUGUGAUUGACAUCAAACCUAAUAAUAUUAUCAUUUUUUACCGAGGAAAGAACUAUGUACAACCCAAAGUGAUGUCACCUCCAGAUACAUUAUCAAAAGCGAAGGCCUUGGAGAAAUAUCGAUAUGAGCAGUCACUUGAGCAUACUAGCCAGUUCAUCGAAAAGUUGGAGAAAGAGCUUGAAGAGUAUCAUGAGCACGUUGCAAAGUUUAAAAAAGGAAAGAGGAUACAACUUAAGAUGUUAGAGUGGACAUUAGUUUGCUGUUCCCAAUUUAUAUAAAUGAUGCCUGAUUUAUUAAUAAACAUGUUGCAAGAAAAUUCAUCAUGUUGUUUUGUAGAAGAAAAAUGCUGAUAACAUAUUUUUUAACACAUUCUUUUCCAAUACAGUCUAUUACUAACUGAAUUUCAUAGACGUCUCACUGAAAAACCCGGGCUCUCUCUCAAGGUUGUAGUUAUUUUCUCAUGGAUUAUGGAAGGUUGACUAUUUUUUUUGGAC